AUGUCCUACGGGUAUCCUGGCCAGGGAGGCUACGGCGCCAACCACGGCGGUUACGGUGGCGGCGGAGGCUAUGAUGCACCUCCCGGCCCGCCGCCUCCCCGCCGCUACCACCAAGAUGAGUACGACGCUCCUUCGGGGCCACCGCCUUCCCGUCCCAGCUAUGGCCGGGACGACUAUGGUGCUCCGCCAGGACCCCCGCCACCUCAGAGUUAUGGCGGACGCGAUUACCACCGUCCGCCCCCCGGCCCACCUCCUCCUGAAGCGAACUAUGCUGCUCCUCCCGGGCCGCCACCCUCGAGCGGGGACUACCGUCCUCCCUCUGGUCCUCCCGGCGGGCGAAAUUACGGAUAUGGCCAGGCGCCCCCUGAUGCCUACCCAGACCGCGCCUACACUCGCCAGUACAGCCCGCCCAACUACCCUCCUCCCUCGGGUCUCGAUGUCUACGGCUAUCCUGUGAACAGGCCCGACAGCAACAGGCCUCACAUGCCUACCGUCAACUCCAACUCAUACCUACAUGGCAACCGGUCAGCCCCGCCACCUCCGCCGUCUGGUAUCCAGCAGUUCGGCCACGGUGCACCAGAGGGCUAUGGCUUCCAGUACUCUACCUGCACGGGUAAAAGGAAGGCUCUGCUCAUCGGCAUCAACUACUUCAACCAGGACGGUGAGCUGCGAGGCUGCAUCAAUGAUGUGAAGAACAUCUCGGCAUUCCUCACUGAGCGCUACGGCUACAAGAAGGAGGAUAUGGUGAUCCUCACAGAUGACCAGACUAACCCUGUUGGCCAGCCUACCAAGGACAACAUACUGCGGGCUAUGCACUGGCUCGUCCAGGGCGCGCAGCCCAACGAUUCCCUGUUCUUCCACUACUCAGGUCAUGGCGGCUACACCGAAGAUUUGGACGGUGAUGAGGAUGAUGGCGUUGACGAGGUUAUCUACCCUGUCGACCAUAAGGAGGCCGGCCACAUUGUUGACGACGAGAUGCAUCGGAUCAUGGUGAAGCCGCUCUUGCCCGGUGUGCGUCUGACCGCCAUCUUCGACUCAUGCCACUCCGGUACUGCUCUCGACCUGCCCUAUGUGUACUCUACCAAGGGAGUCCUGAAGGAGCCUAAUCUGGCCAAGGAAGCAGGACAGGGCCUGCUGAGCGCUGUGACGGCGUAUGCUAGCGGCAACAUGAGUGGAGUGUUCAGCUCGUUGAUGGACUUUGGUAAGAAGGCCAUGAAUGGUGACGAUGCGUACGAGCAAACAAAGCAGACUCGCACAUCGCCUGCCGAUGUCAUCAUGUGGUCCGGCAGCAAGGAUGAUCAGACUUCCGCCGACGCGACGAUCGCCAACAAGGCCACUGGCGCCAUGUCACACGCCUUCAUUUCCGCCCUCAAAGCCAACCCGCAGCAAAGCUACGUUGAGCUGCUCAACAGCAUCAGAGAGAUCCUAGAGGGCUCGUACAGUCAGCUGCCGCAGCUUUCGAGCAGUCACCCUAUGGACACGAACCUUUUGUUCGUUAUGUAA